CACAUACACACACACACACACACACACACACACACACACACAGUAACACACUUUAACACGUUAACACAUUUAGCACAGUUGGAUCUGCAGUUACUGGAGGCAGUGAACAGUAUGGAGGCCUUCAGCUCCAAAGACAUGGCCAUGAAGGUGCAGAAAAAGUUCCUCAGUCACAUUGCCAGUAAAUCUAUGGCACAGAUGUUUAUAGAUGACAACAGCAGUGAGGUUCUGGAUGAGCUGUAUCGGGUCUCUAAGGCGCACUCUGGCAACCAGGCAGAGGCCAAGAAAGUAGUGAAGAACAUGAUAAAGGUGGCCGUGAAGGUUGGAGUUCUGAUCCGACACGACAAAUUCAGUCCAGAGGAACUCGGCAUGGUUCAGGAGUUCAGAAAGAAACUGCACACAGGAGCCAUGACUGCAAUCAGCUUCCAGGAGGUGGAGUUCACGUUUGAUAAGGCAGUAAUGAUUGGUCUGUUGACAGAGUGCCGGGACUUACUCCUGCAGCUGGUGGAGAAGCAUCUGACUCCCAAAUCUCUCUCACGCAUCCGCCAUGUGUUCAACCACUACUCUGAUCCUGACCUGCUCACACACCUCUAUGAGCCACAGGGGACGCUGUGGCCCAACCUCACUAGGAUCUGCUCUGGACUCAACCAAAUGAUCGAGGAGGGCAAACUCUGAAACACAGAGGGGACAAAUGAGAGAAUGACCAGAAGGCAGAAAGAGAAAGAGGGAGGAGUGAGAGGUAGAGGGGAGUUUUCUGUCUGAGACUCAUCUCCAUGUUCACAUGCUCACAAUCACAAUUUCUAUUAUAGCAAGAAAGGCCAUUCACCAUAUGCAUGCUCUCUCUCUCUCUCUCUCUCUCUCUCUCUCUCACACACACACACACACACACACACACACACAAAAGUCAGGGCCAGGUCUAUUCAUGGAUUGAAGAUUUUUUAGUAUGGAAGUUGGUAAUCUUUUACAUAUGCACGUGAUUGUCCAACAAUGUUGUAUUUGUGUCUGAGAUUCUGAGAUGAAAUGCAUGAACGGCUGUGGUAUCAAUGCAGUUAAAUGACCAACAAUGUUUCUGGUACACUCAAGUGUCAGUUUGCUGUUCUCCAAGUGGAGUUCUGGAAAGUUGGUUCAGGUGUACUUGAUAAUUGGUAAUGGUGGGUGUAUGGAAGUGAGUGGAGCGGAGAGGAAAGUGGACUUGGGGCAUAGCUGAUGAACUGGGGAGUUGGAGUUGGAGAAAAGCCAGAGGACUGGUGUGUUAGGUUUGGGGAAAUCUCUUCCUUUGGGCUUGCUCUCAUUCUUUCGAUCCAUCUAUUAGGUAACAUCCUAAUAACCAGGAAAACAACCAGGAGUAUUUUGUAUGCUCAUUUUGUUAUUUAUAGCAUGUAUAUGCCUCAUUAAAAUAUUCUAACCAA